AGCAGCGUUCCCCAUCCCCACGACUUCUACUUUUAGACCACGUGGCUGGACAGAGUCAUUACUGAAUUCCUGUUCCAAGCGUCCUUCCCGAGCAGGUAACGUGCUGGCUGAGCUUCUCGGCAGGGUUUCCUUUGGUUUCAAUAAAUAACUGUAACCUGCAUCCAUUGAACUCGUGGCUGCAGAUACCUUUGGGAGGAAGAUGAGUGACUGACAUUUUAUGCAGGCAUCAAACAGGAAAAUAAUUCAGAAGCAGAGUUCCAAGCCUUUUUGGAAUGUUUCGGACUUGGUUACUGCACUGCUGGGUUCAGAGAUGGACUCAGAAGAAAGUACAACCAACAGAAGUGAACAAAAAUCAAGGAAGAUUUUAAGAAGUCUAAUAAGGAAGCAGCCUUGGGACCUUCUUUUGGUAAUUGGAACCGGAGUGAGUGCUGCUGUAGCACCAGAAAUACCAGCACUUGGCUCAUGGAGGAGCUGUAUUGAAGCUGUGAUUGAAGCAGCUGAACCUGAGGUGCUUCAUCCAGGAGACGUUGCUGAAUUCCGCAAAAAAGUGAUCAAAGACAGAGACUUGCUUGUAGUUGCACAUGAUCUCAUAAGAAAGAUGUCCCCACGCACAGGUGAUACCAAGCCCAACUUUUUCCAGGAUUGCUUAAUGGAGGUGUUUGAUAACUUGGAACAACAUAUUCAGAAUCCUGUUGUUCUACAGUCAGUCCUCAGGCUAAUGGAGAGAGCACUAUGGUCCUUCAACAACUAUGACAAUUUACUUGAGAUUUUUGGUCAGCAACAGGGUAAACCCAUGGAGUCUUUAGACCUGAAAGAUAAGGAUAAGUUCUUCAGCUGGGCAAGAGGUCAUAUAAAGUAUGGAGUUCUUCAUAUUCAUGGCUGUAUCGAGCCCUGUGGAAUGGUGUUGGUCCUUCAGGAUUAAAGAUUUACUCAAGACCCUGAAGUAAUGGAGGUUCUGCAGAACUUGUAUCUGACCAAAUCCUUCUUGUUUGUGGGCUGUGGAGAGACUCUAGUCAUGAUCAAAUAGUUCCAGGCUCUUUUUCUGUAUACUGUAAAGAACAAAGUAGAUUUAGAACAUUAUAUGUUGGUGGUUAAAGAAAAUGAAGACCAGUUUUUUAAACUCCAGGCAGAUAUGCUUCUGCGAAUAAAAGUAGUAUCCUAUGGAUGCUUUGAAUAUUUCCCGGAGUAUGCAGAUCUAACUGCUCAAAUCUGCAAGCAGAGGAGUCCAGAUGCUGAUCGAGUGAAUAGUACAACACUGUUGGAGACUUCAUGUGUGGACUGUGCAAAGAGAAAGUUAGGAGAAAAUGACUUGGAUCUUUCCAAGAGGGUGAAACAAUCAGAUAAUGUUGAUACCUCUGCUGUUGACCUGGGCAUUGUAAAGAAGUUCGAAACCCAAGUGCAAGGCAACUGCACAGGAGCGCCAGAGGGGGAAGCAGAGAGCUGGGCUCUCACUAUUCCAGAGAUUCUGUGACUUUCUCUACUUGGCAUUGACUAU